AUGACUACAAAAGUAGUUCCUACACGUGGAGGUCCUCAGGGCAAAUCCACCACUGCUGGACCUCCGAACCAAACACUAUAUUGUACCAACCUACCAGAUAAGCUCCGAAAGUACGACUUGCGACUCUCGCUUUAUACCCUUUUUUCCACCUACGGCACUGUUCUUGAUGUCGUGGCCAUGAAAACCAAAAAAAUGCGCGGUCAGGCCCAUGUUGUCUUCAAGGACGUUCAAGCCAGCACGCAAGCAAUGAGAGCGCUCCAGGGAUUUGAAUUCUUUGGGAAAGAAAUGAAAAUCGUUUAUGCCAAGGGCACCUCAGAUGUUUUUGCGAGACUCCGCGGCACUUAUAAUGCACCAACAACAGGAUCUGCGGGGGCUAUCGGUGGCGCCUCUACUGAUCUUCAAAAAUCCAUCUUUAGUGGCCCUCCUGGAUCAGCAGCGUUGCCCGCCAAACCAGCCACAGAUGCCAACGGACAAGCGCAUGGGGUUAAAAGACCUCGCGAGGAAGAAAGUGACGAAGAGGAGGCGCCAAUGGAUGAAGAUAGCGAUGUGCCAAUGGAGGCUUCAUCGGACGAAGAUUAG